GUCAACUUCACAUCAGCCAAAACGCUGCGCAUAGCCCCUACCAGUGACUCGCAACACGUUCCAAGGCUCGCCCAGUGCCUCUUAGAACGCCGCACACAAGAGCUGCCAUUCAUACGCCCUGCGUUAACAGCACAAAGCACCGGAACAAAAUCAUGUACACAGCCUCUUUCGUUAGCCUCCUAGCCUCCGCGUCAGCCUUCGUGCUUCCGGAGGGCCCGUGGGAGCACCACUGGGCGGUAAUAGUCGCCGGGUAUCCGCGCCGCGUCCGCACCGCAAUGUCAACGCCAGCCCAACGCCGCCGCCGCAGGUCCAACGGCUACGGCAACUACCGCCACCAGGCCGACGCCUGCCACGCCUACCAGAUCGCCAAGAAGAAAGGUAUUCCGGAAAAGCAGAUCAUCUUAUUUAUGUACGACGACAUCGCCCACAGCACGGAGAACCCGAUCCCCGGCAAGGUCUUCAACAAACCUGAUGGGACGGACGUUUAUCAUGGCUGCAAGGCGUCGUACACGGGCAAGGACGUGUCGGCCGCAAAGUUCUUGGCCGUGCUGACUGGAGACAAAAAGACCGCGAAGGGCCCGGUCCUCCGGUCCUCGAAGCACGACAACGUCUUCAUCUACUACGCGGACCACGGCGCGCCGGGUCUCAUCGCGAUGCCCGAAGAUCAAGAACCGGUCUAUGCGAAAGAUCUGAAUGCGGCUUUGGUGGAGAUGAAGGAGAAGGACAUGUACAAUCGCCUCGUCUUCUACCUCGAGGCUUGUGAGUCGGGCUCGAUGUUCAAGGGCAUCCUCGCAGAGGACACGAAGGUCUACGCCACCACCGCGGCGAACGAGGAGGAGUCCUCGUUUGGCACGUACUGCGACGAGGACGCCGUGGUGAAUGGAACGAACUUACAUACUUGUCUCGGCGACCUCUACUCGGUCUCCUGGCUCGAGGACGCCGAUAGCGCCUUCCCGCGCGAGUCGCUGCAGCGCCAGAUGGCCAAGGUCGUCAAGGAGACGAAGGAGAGCCACGUCCAGAUCUUCGGCGACACGAGCUUCGCGGGCGACUUCGCCGGUGCUUUUGAAGGAGAUGCGAAGGACAAGCACGGCUACCUUCGCGGCGACGCCAAGGCCCAGGUCCGCACGGGCGUCGACGCGCGCGCGGCGACGCUGUCCUACUACCGCUCCAAGGCCAAGGCCGGCCUGCCCGGCGCGCGCGAGGCGUACCUCGCCGAACUGGCCUUCCGCACGGAGACGUCGGUGCGCUUCGACGCCAUCGCGCACGCUCACGGCGUCGUCGUGGACGUGGACGUCGUUUACCGUGGACGUGGCUUCGACGCCAUCUCUCACCCGAGCGUCGUCACCGACGACGUGGCGUCGUUCACCGACGAGACGUGGGACUGCUACAAGGCGGCGGUGGACGCCGUGCGCCUCUCGUGCCCGCGCGGCAUCAACGACGAGCACGUCAUGGACCACCUCAAGAUCCUCGCGGGAAUCUGUGAGGCGGAGCCAUCGUCGGACGUCGCGGCGUCGGUGCGCGCCGCGUGCGCCUGAUCUCUCUGUGUACCUUAACGCGCGACCGAAGCAGCGCGACUGUGCCUAUACCCCUACGUAACGUGAUUUCUUGUU